AUGGCACGGCCGCCGGAGCGGAGAGAGAGACCUGACACUACACGCCUUGUCCCACGCCGAGAUGCGACCUGUAGUCCUGAUAACAAUGCGGGGAAGGAUUGCGGCCCAGGACUCACUGAGACGCCUACAGUGGCCAUUGCUCUUGGUGUUGUGAUCCCCCUUGUUUGUGCUUUCAUAGUCUUCUUCCUUCUCCACAGACGCCAUGUCAAGAAACUGCGGAAGGAAGACGAGCAGGACAAAAUCAAGGCCCUCGACUAUGGCCUUGAUGAUGUUCCUGCGUCUAACAACGGAGCCAAAGUCCGGACAGGGGGCGGUCAGGGAGUCGAAAAGAACGGCGACGGCCACAAGCCCGGUAUGUCCAUGGAUUGGGCCAUGGAUAGCCCCUAUUUCCUGCCGCCAGGACUGCAAAAGUCCCGUGGCUCGCUGCACUCUCUUUCUCGAACAAUCCCGGGCGAGGAUAAGUACGGGAUAGCCUUUGAUGGCAAUGGCAGCAUCAGAUCAAAUACCCCUACCCGUCGACAUAACAACGCAGAUGAUGCCUCUAGCUAUACGGCCGGAAGCAGUCGACGUGUAGGUGGUGCUGAUGGUCAACAUCACCACAAUGGCGGUCUAGGCGACGACAUGUCUCAGAAUCUGCUUCGGAACGCGCAACGCAUGUCCACUUCACCCCCUUUAGCUGCCGUCCCGGCUGAAUCCCCCAGCCCACCACAGCCAGCUCAUCUGCCAUUUGACAAUCGUUUUGACGAGUUGGGCCUUCCCUCUUCUAUAAGCAAUAACUACAACAACAACAAUAACCACAAGGAAAUCACAAACAACAGCGACAACAACAACAGUGGCACUAGCAGUAACACCGGCGACGAUAAUCAUCAGAUGGGUGCUGCGGGGAGCAAAGACCCGGCCCUGCGAAGUAGCCACAAUUACCUGGGUCAAUUCAUCCACAGUGGUAGCAGAUCAUCGACACCAGACGACCAGAAAAAACAAGUCAGUGCCUCCAACCAGCAGGACGGUCAUCCUUCUCUCCCAGGCCUGGCAUUUUCGGCCAAUGAUGGACCAAAAUUGGAUUUCAACUUGGGGCCGUCUUCCAUACCUGCUGCUACUGCUGUUACUGGACAUCAACAGGGUGAUGCUGAUAGUGACUACGGUGACGAAACCAAGCUCGCUUCAGGUCUGCCACAGUUCAACAUCAUGCCUGCCGAAGAGCAGCAGCAGCACCAGCAGCUACAUGGUGACGAAUAUGGACACGGAUAUCCAGAAGAAGGGGAUGAUGGGACGGACAGCAUCCACGACGUUUAUGACCAGUACUACGACUCCAACCACCUCAUUGAUACCCGUAGACUUACCAUGGGGAUUCGGCCACUGCCGCCUGAGGACCCAUCAGACAACCCCGAGCAGCGAGCAAACCGCAUCCGAUCGUUCUACAAAGAAUAUUUCGACGAGAGCAAACCCUUCCAGCAGGACUACAUCGAGGACUACGGCGAUGUGCCUCCACUGCCCAACCCAGCUGCACCCUUUGCUCAGCCUCUGCCUCGUCGAGCAAUGACUCCUCCCCCAAGGAUGCCUCCUGCCUUCCCUCCACGCCGUCACCCAGGGGUAGGCCAUCAGCCGCCACCUGGCAUGGGUGGUAUGAACAGGGGAUUCGCCCACAGCGCUACAAAUUCCCUGGCAAGUGGUGGUCACCCCAUGGGCGGUCCACGGGCCUUCUCUUCUGCUUCAGGUCGCAUUCCUCAUCCACGGCAAAAGAAGCCUCUUCCGCCACCUUCACCCUUGCACAUCCUGCCUACUCCGCAUAAACUCAAGGACGACACCUUCCUGCCUAUCGACUUUGCACCAGGUCCUCGGGCUCGAGACCGCCAGGCCGGUCGACCGGAGACCCCCCUGGGCGGCUUGCAACAUUACAAUCUCAUGGUCCCCUCGCAUAGUCCUCUUGUCUCAUCCUUUGACGAACUUCCCUCCGUCCCCAGCCCUCAUGCCCUCCGUAAGUCCGGCACGUACACUGCCCUCGACUUUGCACCACCGCCUCGCUUCAAGAACGAAUCCGGCACCGGCAGCGACGCAGGCAGUAUCCGCAGCAACCGCACUGGCAUAUCUGCUCUGCAGGCUCACAACAUCCGCUCGGGCGCCUACCGCGUCAGUCGUCUGCCAGCCGACACAGUUGGGACACGAGACGACUUUAGCUCCAACCUUAAGCCCCAGUGGGAGAUGCGUACUUGA